AUGGAGCCUCCUUCGUGGCCUUCCGUUGAAGAGGUAGCGGAAUGUCUGCCAGAAUCUUGUGUUUCAACUCUGCGGACCUCCACUCGUGCUCACUUUAGAAAUCUUGGGAGUUCUUUGGGGGACCGGUGGCGUUCGUAGUUUCUCCAUUUUUUGGCUGUCACUGUGUAGCGCCGCCGGUUGUGGUCGCUUAUUUUUCUUAUGCUCUGUUCUGCGUCGUCAUUUAUAAUUCAUGCGUCCAUUUGUUCCUUUGCUGCUUCUUGCAUUUGGGCAGCUCCAUCGAGUGAGGAAGAUUGUGUCGGUGAUGGCGGGGAGGGAUGUGAGUGAAGUGAGGGUCGUCGUCUCCCCUUAUAGGAUUUGUCCACUCGGAGCCCACAUUGAUCACCAGGUGAGGAAAUACCGUUUAACUUCUCAUUUUAUUCUUCACUUGAAGCGGCAUUUACGUGCAGUUACGGCUACGGAAUCAGCCAACAGCUGGACCCCCACAAAGCAAACUAUUUUGCUAUCGUUUUCCAGACUAGAUGUCUUUAUUGAGCUAUGCUAUGCGGACGAAAGAAAAAUCUAAAUAAGUAGAAGUAGACUGCUUGCUUCAAAACCAAGAAUCUUGGACUAAAUGAGUGUUUUCAGAAAAUUGUCAACUGUUGAAGACAUGACAGUUGCCGCAUUGGAUUCGGAGCAACUUGGGCAAAUUGAUGAAUUUUAGAUAUCUUGGCUUGCAUAAAUUUUAGUACUUCUCAUCUUGCCAAAAAAAAUUACACACAGGGGAUGGAAUUUCCCAUGUGGCUGUUUCUUUUUUUUUUAACAGCCUGCAUACCAUCUCUGACGAUCCGAAGUACUUCGAUUUUUGUGAAAUUAAAAAUAUAAUGAGGUCUUCAUAACCUUUAAAACUAGAACAUCAGGGAGCUACUUGGUCGUGACACAUUUAUGCUCAUGUGCAUAUUUAUAGAUUUUUCUUCAGAAAAAAUGUCUAAUGUCCCAUGUGUACUCUUUGCUCUGUCGCUGUGUAUUGUAGUAAAAAGGAUGGUCGCUAUCUAAGGUUUCCUACCCGAAUAUGUUAUGCAUUUCACGAUGAGUCUAUUUUACCAAUAAUUUUCUUUCUGAUGUACUCUACUUUGUUUCUUAUAUUGAGAAAGUGACGACAAUACAUCUACAAUGGGUUUCUGCUAUGUUUUUUAUUUUGAAAAAUUACAUCUGGUUGGACAGCCAGUAUUUUGAGAGCUCCUUGUUGGUGCAGUGGUCUCGUUAGAACCCGAUUAUCUUUCGGUUUUGCUCACCCCCAUACUAAGAGGACUUCAUUUGUUUCUGUUGUAUAAUUCCUACAGGGAGGCACUGUUUCAGCAAUGACUAUUAACAGGGGAAUACUUCUUGGAUUCAUUCCUUCUGAUGACUCUCAGGUAGGUUCUUCAUUAAGAUGAUAUGAAUCGCGUCAUAACACAUAGUUUUUAAGUUGAGGUAUUUAUGCAAGGAUGAAAGUAAUUCAAAAAGAGGUAAUGUUGAUGAAGUGCGCAUAUCUUUUUCACAUGGCAUAUAUGACUGGAUGCAAUCAUAAUUCGGACAAGGAGACAUGAAAUAAAAGGGAAAGAACUAUGACUAAUAUCAUAUUAUUAUUUGACCAUGUUAAAAAAUAAAAAUAAAUACGAUAAUGUAUGUUUUAUUACUAUCUUCAAGGAAGGCAGAUUAUGUAUUUUCUCUUAUGAAUGAUUCCAAAUGUUCCUCAAUCUUCCAAGACCGGUUUCAUUAGACGUUCAAGUACCUGAAUAAAGAUGCUAGACGCCAAAGACCUUUUCACUACUAUAAUUUGUAUGCAAAGCUGGGCCUUCAAGUAUGAUUCAUGAACUGGUGAGGCAACGUUUGUAUUACACAUAGAUGCUCAGAUGCUUUGUAUCGUGAAAAGAUCCUUCUUUCGGAUAUCUCAAAACCUUUUCACUUUCUAGUCCGGUAGAACACAUGUUGCAUAGACAGUUAAUGUGAACACAUUUGAGAAUAAGAUGGUCUCAGUCCUAGGUCGACAUCUAUUUCAAUUCUUCAUAGGACGCCAAGAAGUAAUAGCCACUAGAGAAAUGCACUUUUUUCCUUAUCGUAGGUAAUGAGCCCCCAAAUACUACUAUACUACUGAUAAAUCGAGUUGGAAAUUUGUGGUAUGUGAUGAAAACUGUGAGGACCAAGUAAGCCCUUCAUUUCAUAUUAAAGUUUCACAGAUUUUAGAUGACGAAGAAAAAGGGCAGUAGAGCAUUGCAAUUGUAAUAUGUGAAUUGCAGAAGCUCAAGAAAUCAUUGACAUCGAUACUUCAACUUUUUUAAUGCAAGAAAUCUUUUUUCCUUGAACUGAAGCAUGUUGAAAAGAUGUGACAACUUUUUUCGACUAUAUUUUCUCUCCUCAAUUGUAAGAAUGUAGUCUUUGGCAGGUUCUUCUGCACUCAGGACAAUUUGGCGGAGAAGUAAAGUUCAGGCAAGGCAUUGUUUUCAUCAUCGUAUCGCCCUUUAAUCUCACCUUCUUAACAUGAAGUCCUAUAUUGUUCCACUCUAACAUUUCAUUUAUUUGUUUCCCUUUCAUGUGAGCUAUCUUGUUUUCAGAAAAACGCUUGUUUGUAAAUUGAGGAAAUUAGGCAACGAGAAUGCUUGCCAAGAAUGUUGCAGAUUAGGCAGUCUUGUAUUGCCGAACUGAAACUAAAAACUGAGGUAGCUUGGAAGUACAUGAAGAUAUGGCAUGAAUGGGUAUUUAUUUUGCUUAAUUACUAGGAGUAGUUCAGAAGAAAAGAAUUGCAAAAAAAUAGACGUUUGGGUUUCUAACCUGGGAUCGAUUGUUGAUGGGUGGUAGUGGACACAUAUUUGGCUUAGCCUCCUAGAAGUAGAAUUUCAAGUUGGGCAAAUAAAAUUUGAUUGAGAUAUUGUAUAGUUAGAAUGUGGUUUGUUUCACCGGUAGUAAUUUCAGAUUGGGUAUUAUAUUGAAUGUAAAAUGAUGAUGGAUUGAUUAAUGUGGAAGUAGAGUGCCUUGAGCAAGAGAAAAAAUAUCAAUAAAAAAUGGAAAUGACAUGGGAAGACAUGAAGACAUCAAAAUAUAAAUAUAAACAGCAAAAAACACACACCUACUUGAUUCAGGUUAAGUCAAUUUUUGUCUCCUGUUGAUAAUACACACAAUAUUUAUCCUAAAAUUUUGAGUCUAUUCUUUCUGUUCAUAUCUUGGGGCACCAGAUAUCACUGUGAUAAUUUCUCAUUGUAAGCUGGGAAUUUUCUAACCUGAUAUGACACCAUUAUGAGAUUAAUUGAUGAUUCCUUCUCUUUGGGCUUCAAUGAAAGCUAUUCAAAGUUUAUUUAAGGCUGUUAUGAAAGGCACAAGAAUCUUUUUGCUGUCUUUAAUAGAGAAAACUUUCUUUCUGUAGUGUCGAUGAAAUCCAACAGCCAACAAGUAUCAGAAUGAGUAGCUCAGAUGAUGAAAUCAAUGGUCAAGAAGAGUCGAACUGGGGAAACUAUGCAAGAGGUGCCAUAUAUGCACUUCAAAGAGGUGGAAAACGUCUCAGUCAGGUGGUUCAAAUGUCAUAUGCCUUUUUAUUCCACUUUUGGAUGUUGCUCAACAGUUUGUCAGAUAGGAUCUCGUGUCUGGGUAGAAUUCGUAUGCUAGGUUCAUACUUCUGUUGCCUAAAAGUUUGAGAUGGAAAAUUCUUGAGUCUGGGAGCAUACGUACGUUAAGCUCAUUCUUAAAGUUUCUUUGGCUGAGUGAUUGAGUAGAUUAAAAAAAGUUGUUUUCAUGGAUGUGUUCUGUUAUAUUCUGUUAGCUGAGGUGCUCGUGAGCAUUUUACUUUGUAAAUUCAGUUGAAAAUCUAGAUCAAGCUGUAAAGAUUUUCCUUUUUGUAUUCCUGAAUGUUAAUAAUGUAUUCAUAUAAUUGUCUGACUUGGUUUUCGAUGACUUCAGGGUAUCACUGGUUUCAUCUGUGGUUCAAGAGGACUUGAUAGUUCUGGACUUAGUUCCUCAGCUGCUGUAAGAUCCUAGUGACACUACAGCUGUUGUAUCUUUCGGCUAUUAAAAAAUUGGUUUGUCUCGGUGAAAACAUUGUUAACUUAUUUAUUCUAGUGUCCUUUUCAGCUAUCUAUGAAGUGUGAUUCGAGAUGAUCGAAUUUUAGCUUUGAUUUUCUGAGGAUAUGAUUGAUUACUGUUGAUACGACUUUAGACCAAGAAGAAAUUAGAAUAUUGGAAAAUUUCUAGAGUUUGGAAAGAAUAACACACUAUGCACACUUGGAUAUUCUCUUGUUUUUUUGCUGAGCCUAAAUAUCUUUGGAAACUGUUUUACUAUUCAGAUGUGACCAUUUUCUGAAGAAUACAAUGGGAAGUCGUCAUAUUCCGUACAUUUGAAAUUCCUAGAAGAUUUUUUUCAUGUAAACAGAACAUCCCCAGUCCACCAACUGAGAGAUGUAACUACAAGCUUAUUAUCAGAGAUAUUAAAAAAAAGAGCAAAUAAAAUAAUGGAAUUAAAACAUAUAAUAUUACUUUUUGAUAGGGAUCUGUAGAAAUAAUCGGAUCCUCAGUAUAUAGAAUUAUUGCGGAUCUAUAAAAACAUAAUGUCUCAAAGGGGAGUCCAAGAUUUAAAUGAGAAUCCUCAAGCAUAAUAAAGAGAGGCAGAAUAUGAAAGUUUUCGGUCUCUUUUUACUUGAAAUGGCAAUGCAUGAGUAUAUUAAUUCACAUAGAUUUUUUUCCUAAUUCAAGACAGGCAUGAAUAUCAAUAAAGGCAAGCUUCAUAGGCAGUCUACGAUACAGCCUAUGCAUGCAGGGUAAGGAAUGUUAGGGAGAACGUUAAUUUCACCACUUUUUAGACCGGAAUGUGGAUCUCAAAUUCAACCAGAGAUGACAUAUAAAUCCCCUUAGCCCAGGUUUAUUCCUAAAGGUAGAAUUAAGCACCAUGUUCAAUCGAACAAUUGUUUUCAAUAUUUACAACCUUCAGAUACUUGUCAGGCAUGCAAUUGAAAUUAGUAGGAGCUAAAUCACGUUCGGAAACUGUUUCCUUAUGUUAUUGUUGGUAACAUGGUUGCCAUUUUGUACAUUCCUUGAAUUAUAUCCUGCAUCACGUGAUGGUGUAAUCAGUUUUGAAAGUUUUUUAUGAAAAUUCACCCAAUUUUACGAAUUCUCAGGUUGGGGUUGCGUACCUUUUGGCUUUCGAACAUGCAAAUAAAUUAACCGUACCACCUAUGGAAAAUAUUGAAUUGGAUCGGUAUGUAUGACUACCUCGAUGAGUCAGCAAUGCAUUGUGACCGAGUGCACAGUGGGACAUCCUGGUUGCAGAUCAAGUCUGCUAAUACCUUGUUUCUCCAGCUUUCCUGUGUCUGGCGCUCACUUAGAUGAUGCAAGGCAUACCACAUUGGGAUGAGGGUUUUAAUUUUUUUCACUUAGGUUACAGUCGGAUGAUAUGUGCUUUAAAUGGGUUCUCUCUGUUUCAGGCUCAUUGAAAAUGAGUAUUUGGGUCUAAGAAAUGGAAUACUGGACCAGUCGGCAAUUCUUCUUUCUAACUACGGCUGUCUUACCUCGUUGAACUGCAAGGUGAGAUAGAGCUUUUCUGGCUAAUUAUAGAAUAUUAUGCAACUCUUUGGCUCUCUUGAUGGACGAUUUUCAUCAACAUGCUGGCUUCCUUGUCUAGACCAAGGAUUACAUUCUGGUCCGUCCCCCAGAAAUCAUCCGGCAUCAAGAGCCUGGACGAGGAGAGGCUUACAAGAUAUUGUUGGCAUUUUCUGGUCUGAAGCAUGCUCUGACCAGUAAGCCCGGAUACAAUGCCCGAGUUGCUGAGUGCUGUGAGGCUGCAAGUGUCCUUUUGAAGUAAGCUCCAUUCAUCUUUCCGGAAUAACCUUGUGUAUGAUGAAAUGCAUCCUUUUUUGUCUACACUGGUAUUGGAACAGGUAGAUUCUCGACCAGUUCACUAUUUACGAUAUCUGUAUUUUAUGACACAAUCCUUUUCACGUCAAAUAGACUCUUUGCAACCAUAGAAGCUUGUGUGUAAUUGAUUUCCCUUGCUAAGGGUGUUGCAUUCCGUGCACAAGGCCUCUGAAACUAACUGACGAGAUUUAGAUUUUCUUUGGGAUUUCUUCUUCACAUGUGCUAUGAUACUCUUCCUUGGUUUUUAAUCCAUGAUUUUUCUGACCUCGUAAUUCAAAAUAUUGUCUCUUUAAGCCAAGUUUUUCUUCUUCUUUUUUUUUUUCACCUAAAAAUCCUUGAAGGUCAUGUGACUUUCAGAUUGUGAAAACAUUUCAGCAGGAUCAGCCGGUUUAAGGGAAAGUAGUGAAUUCUGAGUUCUUGGCUCGUGUUCAUUAGAAUAAAAGUAAAAAUAAUUUAAAAUUGAAAUUGUAUAAACAGGAUACAUUUUCAUAAAUAAAAAAAUCAUCACCUCUCCCUGAUGGAUCUGGGCUUCAACCACUGCUCACCCUAUUGGAUGAGAUUCUGAAGAACUUUGGGUGUUCUCCCCUUGUCAUGUGCUCUUCUGUGACCAGUGUUUUAUCUUCACAGAGCCUCUGGGAAAGGGGAUCUUGAACCUCUGCUCUGCAAUGGUGAGAGUAGCACCUGAGAUUUAAAAUCUCUGCCAUUACUUUCUUGCCCAGCAAGAUGACCGUUUUUUCUUGCCUUUGCCCGCACAGUUGAGAGGGGAGCCUAUGAAGCUCACAAGGUACACCAUUCUGUUCUGUCAGUUUGUUCAGGCAUCAAUGAACAGAUCAUGCUCCCACAUUUCUCUUUACGCUUCAGUUUGAGGGAAACUUCAUCUAAGAUGAAGUAUUAUCCGAAGAAAUAUCUACAAUCAGAAGUGGUGCAGAGCUCUGGUAUCAGAAAAAUUGUCGGAAGAAGUCCGAGUUUUCUAGAAAACCUUCCUCCCCAGGAAGAACGGCAUAUUCCGACCCACAAAUAGUAAGCUUUCUCUGUUUCUCUCACCCGCCUUCCUCCUCCUGCAGGGCAUCUUGGAACCAAAUCUGGCAAAGAGAGCAGAGCACUUCUUUUCAGAAAACGCGAGGGUCACUGAGGGUAUCCAUCUAUCUAUCUAUCUAUCUAUCUAUCUAUCGCCUUCUGCAUCUGACAAGCUCCCCGUCUAUCUCAUCUUCCAUGGAAGAAGGUGUUGCCUCUGAGUCGCCUCUCAAAUCUUUCAGGGCUCAAAGCGUGGGCUUCUGGGGACUUGGAGGGCUUCGGGCGGCUCAUGUCUGCCUCUGCUCUGAGCUCCAUCCAGAACUACGAAUGCGGUGACUCCUCGCCACACCUCUCAAUCAUCCUCAUCGUCAUCCUGAAAAGGGUAAUCAAAAGCUAGCCUUUUUGUUUUUCGUGAGAAUUGGCUCAUUUUGUGCAGGUAGCCAGCCGCUGCAGGAUCUCUGUGAGAUCCUGUCGAGCGCUCCGGGAGUCUAUGGGGCGAGGUUCAGUGGGGCUGGCUUCAGGGGCUGCUGUUUGGGCCUCGUCGCCGCCCCCCACGCCGAGGAAGCGGCGGCCCUCGUCGAGCGGGAGUACCGGCGGCUCCAGCCCGAGCUAGCCGGCCGGCUCGAACGCGGCUCAGCGGUCCUCAUCUGUGAGGCAGGUGACUGUGCCCGCGUCAUUUGA